GUGCUGGAGUGCACCGCGUGCCACCGUGUCUUCCACGCCGCCUGCCACCAGCGACAGCAACGGCAACUGCGGCAGCAGCAUUAUAAAAUCAGGCCUCAGCAGCAGCAGGACAGUAAGGGGAAGGUGCCUGCAGGGCAGCAGCAGGAUGCGGAGGAAGUGGCGGAUGGCGGCGGUGAUGCGGGUGGUGCCGGCCACUGGUUCCACAGUGCGGAGUGCCGCCGGGUCCACCGGGCACUACAGCGGCUGUGUGGGGCGGGCGACAUGCGCGUCGCCUUCACCAGCAGGCACUCCCCGGGGGCCCAGCAGACAGCCGCCAGCACUGCCAGCAGCCAAACCACCAACAGCAGCAACAGCAACAAGGACGGCAACAGCAGUAACAAUGAUAACGGUGACCGGGGCCAAGUGUUUGGCGUCGCAGGGCCGCAUGCUCCACUCAGCGCUAGCAGCGGUAACACUGGGAGCUACAACAACAACGACAAAAGCGGUAACAUAAUUGCCAAGGAGGAG